UCAGCGGGAAGGUUGCUUGGGCGGCCGCCGUGGGCGGUGUCACUGAGCCGCGCCAGCUGAGCCGGGUGGAGCCCAGCCCCUCUGUUCUGCCUUCUCGGGGGCUCGCUGCGUGGACCCCGCUUCCAUGUCCCGGGUGGACGCAGCAUCCCGGAACCUCCACGCCCAUGGCCGCUAGCCUGAGGAGGCCCUCUCUCCCCGCCUGCUCUUCUUCCCCUAGCGACACGGAUGACGAGGGCGUGCGCGGCACCUGCGAAGAUGCUUCUCUGUGCAAGAGGUUUGCAGUAAGCAUUGGCUACUGGCAGGACCCUUACAUCCAGCAUUUGGUGAGACUGUCUAAAGAGAGGAAGGCCCCCGAAAUUAACAGAGGAUAUUUUGCUCGAGUCCAUGGCGUCAGUCAGCUUCUAAAGGCAUUUCUACGGAAGACAGAAUGUAACUGUCAAAUUCUGAACCUUGGGGCUGGGAUGGAUACCACCUUCUGGAGGUUAAAGCCCUGUGGUUGUUCUCUGGGUCGGUUGUGCCUCUGUAACGCUGUGACCCUGGCGUGGUGGAAGCAACUGGAAGAGAAUACAACGGGCCCAAGACUGUUUGGAUGGUUGAAGACUCCCAUCUUCAGGCAGCAGGCAAGAACAGGGCCAAGUAUUGCCACAAGCAAAGAACAAAGGGAUGAAGAUCUUCCACCAAGUAAAUAUUUUGAAAUUGACUUUCCAAUGAUAGUCACACGAAAGCUGCACAGCAUCAAGGAAGUGUGGCUUUGGCCGGAAGCAAGAGCCUGGUGGCAUUCCGAACCAGCCCCUGGUGGACAGCAGAUUGAAACCUCUCCUAUCAAAACCCAUUUUAGACUUACAUUCAGAGGACACACUUCAAAUGGAUGGGCACACGUUGGAUUCAACGAGAUAUGCCAUCAUUGGAGCAGAUCUCCGAGAUAUACCUGACCUGGAAGAGAAAGUAAAGAAAUGUAACAUGAAUACACAGUUGCCAACCCUCCUGAUAGCUGAGUGUGUGCUGGUUUACAUGACUCCGGAGCAGUCUACAGACCUUCUCAAGUGGGCAGCCAGCAGCUUUGAGACCGCCAUGUUCAUAAACUACGAACAGGUGAAGAGAAGCACGAGACAUUUGCGUUCUGCAGGGGACUGCAGUGGUGGCUUUCUCUCUCUGAGCCCCUUUGGAAUAGGCUUUCACUUAUUCUUUUCCUCUGCCCCCGGCCACUCACAUAUCUCCUUUAUUAAUGAAUACCAGCAAACCUAGGACUCCUGAGUUCUUGACUGCCUGCAAACUUUUAGCCAGAGGUUUUGGAACUUCUGUCUUGCCCUUUAAGAAAGUUUUUUGAGUUCUUACUUUAUCAUUGUGUUUCCUGUAAAGUCAUAGAUCUUGAUGGAGGGAAUUCUGGCUAUCAUCAGUGUAGAGGUCGCAAACUCAAAUGCCUUCAGAGGCAGGGAGUGAAGCAAAUGGAGGGAGUUGGCCGGGUGUCAUCGAGCAUGGCAUGGGGGGGCUGUGGUGAGCUGGGGCACCCAUGUCCCACUUCACGGGAUGCCCCCUGUUCAGUUCCAGCCAACUGUUACCAUGUGGAGUGAGCCUAGAGUUGCCUGAACUCCCAGUUUUUCAAGAGAGAUGAGAAAUGCAGGAUUUUAAUGUAAAAUUUCCUACACUCUAGAAUCAGUGAGUUUGGCCGGAGAGCUCCCUGUUUUUCUCCUCCGACCUAGUGCCGAGAGGGUUAUGUUUCAGGGCUUCGGAAUAAUUCAGCUUGGCUCUGAAUCCUGGCCCUCGCUCUCAUUGUUGGCUGCGCGACCUGAAGCAGAAUUGCUUGGUGGUUGGGAGUCCCUGCUCUGGAGGCAGACUGCCUAGCUCUGUGACCCGGACAAGUUGGUUAACCUCUCUGUGCCUGUUUCCUCAUCGGAAAAGUGAGGCUGAUUAUAUCCUGACUUCACAGUUAGUAAAUGAGUCAGUGGGUGCCCAAGCAUUAACAGCACUGUCCGGCUAUUAAGUAAGUUGUUAUUAAGUUAGUUAUUAAGUUAGCUUUGAUUUUGCUCUCUCUGAGCCCCGGUUCUUUGUUUUUAAAGAGAUAAGAAUACCUGCCUCUCAAGUCUAAAUAAUUGAGAUUAAAUGUGGCAAGUGCAUUCAUUUAAAAAAAAAAAAAAAAAAAGAAUACCUGCCCCACUGGAUUGUGGUGGGAAUUCAUGAGAUGUUGCACAGCAGUGGACUAAUGAUAAGCACUGAAUACACUUUAGCUACUUUUAUUGUUUAGUUUAGCUUUAUUGAUUUUGUUUUUUACCUCAUUUUAUUUUUAUAUUUUCUUACAGAUAAGGGCAGUACAGGGCUUGGCCUAAGGUCACGUAGCUAUAGACAGCUCUAAGCCUAGACCUUGGUCUCCUGGCUUCCUCCCCACCCCUCACCCAGUCCAGGUUCCUGUACAGGUGGUUCUUGGUUGAUUGAUUUUUCUUCCCUUUCUCUGCUUAAUCGGAGGCAUUCCUCAGACUCAGUCUUGUGUCCUGGUGAAUGGAUAUAAUGGUAGCUGGCCUCAUCAGUCUUUACUAUUGACGUGGAUAAAUCCUGGUGACCUGUCUUUGCUUUCAGGGCCCCACACCUGGGGGAGAAGGAAUUCCACUUCCCACGUUUCCACACAUUUUGGACGUGCACUGCUUCACUCACUCUGUUUCAUUUGUAUGUUCUUUUACUCAACAAACCUUAAUUCAGCAUCACGUGAGAGAUGAUGGAUUAAGUGAAUUUUGACCAGAGACCCUGUCACUUUGAAACAGGCCUGAGAAUGUGCCAGAUUUCAAUAUGUUGACCGCAGCUGUCCUUAGAUGGGGUUAAACCCUACCCACUGCCUUCAUUUUGUGAAUAACAAACUUUUAACUUAAUUCAGUUCUUUCCUAACAAGCACAGAAUCAUCAUCCUCACAUUUGUCAGUUGCUCACCUCUUAUGUGAUUUUUUAAUGAGUAGUUAAAUGACAAAACCUCACGGGUGAUGGUUAUUUCAGUAGGGAUAGCAAUGAUUACAGAUUCUUAGAAUUCGAUGACUUACAAAGCAGGCGCUAUCCUUUGAGUUUCAUAUAUACUAACUCGUUUAAUCUCACAGCAACCCACGAGGUAGGUACUCGUACUAUCCUAGCUUUCCAGGUAAGGGGACUGUUGAACCAAGGGAUUAGGCAUCUUGCUUAAGCCUCACAGCUAUUGGAUGUCAAGCCAGGAUUCAAACCUAGGCGAUAAAAUGAAGGAGUCUGUGCUCAUAAAUAUGCUUCUGUCUUGAGUGAAUAGUAAGCAGUCCUGUCAGUGCCACGUAAGCCUUAUGCCUCCCCUCAAAACAGUGACAUUGGAUUUUGUCUUGCAGCCUUGCCGUUGGCGUGUGAAUCUGGGGAUGUUGUUAAAGUGGUGAAUUUUUGAUACCUAUGUAUGACAAACUAACAGUGUCUGUGCCAUCAGUACAAUAAUGUACAUAAUAUAUUUUUUGUGAGAUCUUAGUUCCUUGACCAGGGAUGGAAUCCACGCCCUCAGCAAUGAAAGCACUUAUCCCCUGGACCGCCAGGGAAUUCCCAUGUACAUAAUACUUUGUUUUGUGACAGCUGUGCACUUGUAUAAAUCAUGUUUUUUAAACCCGUUUUGUGUUCAAAAAGUCAUGCCACAUGCAGAAUAAAAAAAAAAUCAUAUAGUUUGAUAGGGUAGACUGCCAAGACCAGCUCAGCGACUCGAGGUGAGUGACGGGUGCCGCAAGCUUGAAGAAAACACAGAUACAGACUGAAGAGAAAAGUGGGACCGGGGGACUCAAGACCUCUCGGAUCAAGAGCCUUGCUGACUCAUCCCACGUUGCUUUUAUUGGUUUCUUGGCUAACAUUCUCAGGUUACUCCCAUAAACAAUCAAAGGCCUCACAUGACUGGGGCAAUGAUCUUUGUUUGCCUCCUGGGUCCAAGUUGAGCAGGUGUGGAUUUGAGCUGGGGGUGGAGAGCAAAACAGCCCUGGGGGCAGGAGACCUCUCUCAGAUAUUGGGGGUCUGUGCCCCACCCCUGUUGGCCCCUCUGCGACUGUGCCUGUCUUAGGUUGUUCCUCCCUUGAGGAAUCUUACCCGUCUUUGGCUAACCAGCCAUCCUUCAGGGCCAAACAGGGUGAUAUAAGGAAGGCUCGACGCACCACCCCUGUUGGCCCCUCUGUGACUGUGCCUGUCUUAGGUUGUUCCUCCUCUGAGGAAUCUUACCCGUCUGGCUAACCAGCCAUCCUUCAGGGCCAAACAGGGUGAUAUGAGGUGUGCAGUGAGAAAGGGGCUGCGCCCCUAGAGACGGCCAACCCUCUGCCUGUGCCCCCACAGUCUCCACGCCCUGCACCCUCAGCUCCUCCACUGCUCAAGCGGGACAUUCUGAAUCCCAUCGCUCGGCCCACAUACUUGAACAUUUUCAAGGUUUCAGAAAGGCUCCUGAAUGUCUUCCCACAGUAGACAAAGAAAAGGAAGCCUCUCAUCUACCCAAGACCUCAACCUGUAACCUGGGAAGCAACCUAGCUGUAUUCCAGAAUUUUCCUAUGCAUAUAUAAAUGCGGAGAGAGUUUUUUUUUUUUUCUAUCUAUCCAUCUGUCUUUCUUCUAUUCUGUUUUCACGGCUAUAUAGUAUUUCAUUAUAUGAACACGCCAGAACACGCAGACCGUAUAGAUGGGUUUUCUUAUCCAUGGGCUUGAGGAUGUCUGUGAAGUCCAUGAAAUUAUAUGCAAGUGUAUGUUUGUGGAGAUUUUUUCCUGGGGAGAGGAUUGGUAGAACCUCCAUCAAAAUUUAUGGGUAGCAAGGUUUCUAUUCCUAAAGAUUGCUCUAAGAUUCAAAGACUACAAUUCAGUCCAUCACCCUGUGACCAGCUGACCACUUGACAAGUCACAUAGGCUCCAUUUAAACUCCUCUCACCGUUUCUCAGCUUUCUCUUCCAAGUCCUUCCUCAGACUAAGUGCACUGCAAUUGUUUCCUCCAUACAGUUGGACCACUACAAGUUCAGCAUUCUGCCUUUAAGAUCACCUGCCAAUCUUACGACUGAGACACAGAAUCAAGGCUCAUCAGACAUACUAAAAGGUGUGGGGCUAAAAAAAGAGAGGGAAAAUGCUUGCUGAUUUCCACUGGGAGCCAUUCAGAUUAGGACAUUUGCAUUUUAGCAGGAUUUAAGCAUUCCUUUAUCAUGUUUCUGGAAUGCCCAAUAGGGGUGCAAUCACAUGCCCUUUAUACAAUAUUGCUAUAAACAAUUAUAGGCCUAAACAUCAUUUCCGAGACUCUAGUCAACUAAAUAAGGAAAGAAAAAGAAAUCAUUGAAAUAAAUAAUAGCAAAAGAAGAAAAAGAAACGUAACAGAUGGUAUUAUACACACAGAAAAGUCAAAGAAGUAACAAAAUUAUCAAUUGCAGCUAAAGAAGUUGUAAAGUAAACAAGUAUAUACAAACAUCAACAUCACCCAUGUCUGCCAAUUACACUAAUUAGGCACUAUUCUCAACAAGAACAACAGCAGCAAAAAUAUUUAGGAAGCACAUAAAAGCUCUCUGUCUAUAAAGAGAUAUACCACCCUCAUGCUGGAAAGAUACCAAUUCUCCCCAGGGUCUCGUUCACAGGUUUACUAGACUGUAAUUCCUGGGUUUUAGUUAUUUCUGUAUCCUCAGGACCUAGCCCAUAGCAGGCACCCAAUAAAUAUGAUCUGGAUAUAUAAGCUCCAAAUCAAUCAAAACCCUAAAGGAAUUUUUCUAGGAGCUAGAAAAGAAGUGAUACCCAAAUCCACUUUUAGACAGAAACAGGAAAGAAUAACUGAAAAAGAAAAGCUGAAGGAAACCAGCUCUACCACAUUUAAAACACGUUACAGGACUUCCUAGGUGGUACAGUGGUUAAGAAUCUGCCUGCCAAUGCAGGGGACACGGGUUCAAGCCCCGCUCUGGGAAGAUUCCACAUGCCACAGAGCAACUAAGCCCAUGCGCCACACCUAUUGAGCCUGUGCUCUAGAGCCCAUGAGCCACAACUACUGAGCCUGUGUGCCACAACUAUUGAAGCCCACGCACCUAGAGCCCAUGCUCCACAAGAGAAGCCAGUACAAUGAGGAGCCAGCGCACCACAAUGAAGAGUAGCCCCCGCUCGUAGCAACUAGAGAAAGCCUGUGUGCAGCAACGAAGACCCAACACAGCCAAUAAGUAAAGAAAAUAAAUAAAUAAAUUUAUAAAAAAAAAAGAAGUAACUUUAAAACAUGUUACAAAUACCGUAGGCUAACACAUAUAUAUGGAAUCUAAAAAAACGGUACUGAUGAACCUAGUGGCAGGGUAAGAAUAAAGAUGGAGACACAAAGAACGGA